GUGGCGGAUGCAGGCGUUGGGGAUGCCGCGGGCGGUGCUGAUGUUGUCCGCGUUGAUGGUGCUGCCGGCGGCCCGAGCUCAGCCGCUGUGCAAACCUCACAAGAUACGAACAGAAAAGGUGUUCCCUACCACACAUAGAGUUCCAGGGGAAAAGUUAUACUACAUAGACACACCCCACAUAGUCCCACAUCCUUGCCGGAAAAAAAUAGCCGUGUACUUAGGAUCGCAGGUACUUCUCACGAUGGACAACUUUGAAAGCAGUCUUACUCCUCUGAGCAUCCCUGCUUACUUCUCGGUCUUAACCCCAGAAGUAACCUCUGUCCAUUUCACUGAACACACCAUUAUCUUUGUCAUUAACGAGGCCAUCUACGUUCUGAACCUGGAUGAAGACUCCUGGGACCUAUCUAAUGGUGUAAUAGAGCAAGUCUCACAUGUCACUGGCGACAACUGCUGUUACAGCCCUCAGUACCACUGCUCGAUUAUAAAUACCAUGGCGUUAACUUAUAUGCAAGGAGGUAACAUUAAACAAACUCCAAUCUAUCGUUCUGAUAGUGAGGGCUUUUACUUUGAUGAAUUUACCCCGCAGCAAAUAAGCAGGCUGGAUGGCACUUUGGGUGGAAUCUUCCACUUCCACUCCCUUUCAGAGAUCGGCAUCAUGGUGAUCAAAAACAAUAAAGCCAUGUUCAGCUACUCUGACCACCCUCUGAACCGCAGUUUCGGUCUGGCCUUUGAUUACAACGAGACCCUCAAGGUCCUGAUCACCCCUGGCCAGAAAGGCAUCAUCAUCUUCUGGGGUAAGAGGAGCCUUCAGAUCUCCCGCAACACAGGUCAACUCGUGGACCCCAUACGUUUGCAAGAUGGGCAGACUGUCUAUUACUCCCUCUAUGAAACAAACCUCGAAAUCCACAGCAUAGCAGCCAACGAGAAUGAGGUGGCGUUUCUGACCACCAGCAACAGCCUUUACUAUGGCAGCCUGGGCAUCCUGUCGGGCCCCAUGAUCAAGCUGGGGGAUCAGAACCUAUGGACCAAGGACACAGCGAUAAAGUUCACGGAAGUGGGCCUUCUGGACGUGCUCACCCCACACUACGACCAGAAGUUGCGGUCCUAUGAUUUCGUCAAGUGCUCCGUCAACAUCCAGGCCAAGCUCACGGAGAUGAUGGUGGAUGUGUGCAAGGUGGAACUUCUGUACGGAGAUUUCGAAAACCAGAUGUACACCAUCGACAUGAACAGCGAGCUCCAGCUCCACGCCUUCAUGAUCCCCCGGCUGGGCAAGUCCCCAGUGCCCGUGGCAAUGGUGAGUAACCCUCAUUCUCUGGGGCUGGAAGCCAUCCUGAGCGAAGCUGGCUACACAUACGACGGGAACACGAAAUACAGGCUGGACAUCACUCUGAAACAGCAACACCACUGGGGCCGGGCGGACCCCAACUUCACCUCCAACAGCCCCCUUGCUUGCAGCAUAGAGAAGCCCACCCUGUCCACCCUCACAGUGGACAUCGCCAACAAGGAGAUCUCCUGUGUGGACCUCAAGCCACUGAGUGCCCUCAUUUCUCUUGGAUGUGACGUGAAUAAAAAGAUCAUCAUUCAGAAAGAAGUCACGGCGUGUGAUGAACAGAUCCUUGACGCUGAAGAGCUUCAGCAGAACUACAGCUACAUCCUUGAGAAGGAAGCCCACGAUCCCAGAUUCCUGGGGAAGCCGACCGACGCGGACAGAGAGAUUUUGUACAACUACCAGCAGUACGGAUGCCCGAUCCUCAUCUAUUACGACCACCCAUGGAGACCGGUGGUAGAGCUGUGGGAGAACAACAAAUUCGUGGAGGAAGUUGAUGCGGAAUUUGUGCUCCUGGAGAUGAACGGCCUCUUCACCUACUCCUACUUGCUGACGGCCAAGACCGCCCACUGCAUCACCCAGCCACAGAACUGGACCAGCAACAUAAAGGACUCCGGACCCUACUCCUGGUCCCGAGAGAACUACAUCAGCUGCUACGACCCCGAAAAUGACGCCCCACUGCUCUGGCCCGAUGUUGAGUACCAGGUGCUGGGCGGACCAACGGAGAACAAGAUGGUGUUCAACAAGAGAAAUGGAAUCUACGUCUUCUUCGCCACCAUCGUGGAUCCGUACUACAGCUACUGCCGGCUGAGCGUCUCAUUCAGCGUGUACGUCUAUGGCGCCCUGCCCGAGCGCAUGUUCGUCGAGGCCCCGUGCAUUUUGCUCCUGGAGUUCAUCGCCGUGAUGACCAUCUUUCUGGCCUACAUAAUCCCCAAGAUCCUACACCCCGAGAGGGGCGCCGAGACCCGGCGUUUCUGGGUGGCCUUCUGGUAUCGCUGCCGGGCCCGAUUGCAGGCCUGCAUGAGGAGCUGAUCCUCUGGGGAGGGCGCCAAAGACACAUCGACAUCCGGGAGCCAGCAGCCCAGCAGGGCUGUCAGGGAUGGCUCCCUGGAGGAGGUUGCUCUGUCCGAGUCCCAGGUCCCGGGUCCCGGGUUCUGGGUCCCGGGAUCGCAGAUGGCAGAGCUCUGAGCCUUGUCUGUCACUGGAACGAAAGAAGUAACCUUGUUCUUA